UGCGCACGCUCCGACUCGGCCGCUGGCGGACCUGACUGAAGGAGGCCACGACCACGUCUGGUUGGCCUCGGGGCGCUCUGGCUCGGCUCUUCCUCCGCCCUCGAGGCCCGCGCAGUCCCAUCAUUCAGCUCCGUAGGGUCACCGGCGCGGCAGUGGCCUCGAAGGGCGCUGGGUCCCUCUCCCCGGCUCUCCUCCCCCUGGCCCCGUCGCCCCGCCCUCGCCGGGCUGGGCUGCGGGGUCAGGGGCCGAGCGGACCGGGUUAUCAUUUAACAUGGAAGAAGAUGAGUUCAUUGGAGAAAAAACAUUCCAACGUUAUUGUGCAGAAUUCAUUAAACAUUCACAACAGAUAGGUGAUAGUUGGGAAUGGAGACCAUCAAAGGACUGUUCUGAUGGCUACAUGUGCAAAAUACACUUUCAAAUUAAGAAUGGGUCUGUGACGUCACGUCCAGGAGCAUCUACCCAUGGACAGACAUGUCUUCCCAUGGAGGAGGCUUUCGAGCUACCCUUGGAUGAUUGUGAAGUGACUGAAACUGCAGCAGCGUCUGAAGUGAUUAAAUAUGAGUAUCAUGUCUUAUAUUCCUGUAGCUACCAAGUGCCUGUACUUUACUUUAGGGCAAGCUUUUUAGAUGGGAGACCUUUAACUCUGAAGGACAUAUGGGAAGGAGUUCAUGAGUGCUAUAAGACGCGACUGCUACAGGGACCAUGGGACACUAUUACACAACAGGAACAUCCAAUACUUGGGCAACCCUUUUUUGUGCUUCAUCCCUGCAAGACGAAUGAAUUCAUGACUCCUGUAUUAAAGAAUUCUCAGAAAAUCAAUAAGAAUGUCAACUAUAUCACAUCAUGGCUGAGCAUUGUAGGGCCAGUUGUUGGGCUGAAUCUACCUCUGAGUUAUGCUAAAGCAACCUCUCAGGAUGAACAAAAUGUCGAUUAACAAGCUUAGAAAUUGUGGCACGAAGAACGCCAAGAGUUUACCUGGCCAGCCUUGGCUUUAAUAGGACCGAUACCGUGGAAUAUUUCAUCUCACUAAGACUUGACAUGGAUUAUUUUUCCCUUGGACACAAAUGUCUACAGCAACUGAUGUUUGAUAGACUGAAUGUUUAGAAGAAACACUUCAAAGGCAUACAUCAUGGCCAGGCAUGGUGGCUCACACCUGUAAUCCAAGCACUUUGGGAGGCC